AUGGAUCCAAGUGCAUAAUGGAAAGAACUUAAUAGAAAGUAUUAUAAAUUUCAUCAAUUCAAUACUAUCACAGGUGAGUAGAAGAACCUUGACUGUUUUUAUUGACGCAUAGCUGUAUCCAAAUGGGGUGGUCCUUUGGCUGCUACUAAAAAUUAUAAUCAAGUCAUAUUAAUGCGAACUGAUGAUAUGUUAAAAGAUUCUAUUGUGUUCUUUUCAAACAAUGGCAAGAUUAUAUCAAAAGUUUAAUAUAAGGAAAUCGACAAAGUAUUUCCAGUAUAUUUAUAGAGAUUGCAUUAUUUGAUUUUCUUGAAGAUGAAUAAUUAUUGUUACUUAAAACGAAUGGAUCAUAUUAUAUUGUUGAUCCCUUUAAAGCGAUUAAAAAAUCAUAUGAUCUUAUGGAUCAAUUUAAAAAAUAACAAAUUAUUAAAGGCUUAAUUGUUAAUAAUGGAUUUGUACUUACGACAAAUAAUUUUGAAUUCUUUUAUAUACCUAAUGCGUAUGAACCUUAAGUUCAUAAAUUAAAACCUUCUUAACUUACUCAAGAACCAGAACAUUGGUAAGUUAUUCCACCUCAAAAAACUUCUAGUGGGAAAAUGGAACUUUUAAUUACUAAUCCAGAUGGUGGAAUUAUUCACAUUAUUGAAGAUGAAAAAUGGAAAAUUUAUUAUAAUAAAAAUAAAAUUGUUAAUGAAAUUGAUAAGAAAUUACCAGAUCUUGAAAAUAUUAAAAUGAUUAGUCUAUCAUCUAAUUACAAAAAUCUAGCUCUACUAUAUUAAUUCUAAAUGGGUUGUUUCCUUCAUAACAGAUUUCUUUGA